AUGCGUCGCGUUGUCGUAACGGGUCUCGGCGCGGUCACACCUCUCGGCGUUGGAGUCCGACGGACGUGGAAGCGUUUAUUAGAGGGUCACUGUGGCAUUGUCAACGUGGUUUCUCGGGAUGAGCGCUUCAGGGAGAUUCCAGCACAGAUUGCAGCAGUCGUGCCGAAGGGAAAAAAGGAAGAUGGAGGCUGGACGGUAUCAGAAUGGAUGAAUCGAGGUGAUGAGCGCGUUAUGGCCAAAUUCGCACAGUUCGCAAUGGCUGCCGCGGAAGAAGCCCUGAGCGAUGCUCGGUGGAAGCCCACGACGCCAGAGGAACAGCACGCUACGGGAGUUUGUCUUGGUUCGGGCAUUGGCAAUUUCGAUGAGAUUUAUGAUACUGUCGUUGCGUACGAGCAGGGGGGGUAUAAAAAAGUCAGCCCGUUGUUCGUCCCUAAACUGUUGAUCAAUCUUGGUGCUGGGCAUAUCUCCAUGCGAUAUGGAUUCAUGGGUCCGAACCAUGCCGCAACAACGGCGUGUACAACAGGUGCGCAUUCUAUCGGCGAUGCGGCCCGAUUUAUUGCCUGUGGUGAUGCCGAUGUCAUGGUCGCAGGCGGCGGCGAGUCAUGUAUUCAUCCUCUCGCAAUUGGCGGAUUUGCUCGCGCUCGCAGCUUAGCUACAGAUUUUAAUGACGACCCUGAACAUGCUUCAAGACCGUUUGACGCAGAUCGAAAAGGGUUUGUGGUUGGCGAAGGAGCAGCCAUGUUAGUCCUCGAGGAACUCGAUCACGCCCGUGGUCGAGGAGUUCCCAUCUACGCGGAAUUGAAAGGAUACGGAUGCUCCGCGGAUUCGCACCACAUCACCGCGCCAAAAGAGAACGGGGAGGGUGCUUACAUGGCCAUGAAAAAGGCCCUGAAGCAAGCCCAAGUCCAACCGGCGGCGGUCGACUAUAUCAACGCUCAUGCGACAUCCACUAUUGUUGGCGAUGCGGCAGAAAAUGCAGCAAUCAAAACACUUCUUCUUGGAUCGGAGGGCAAGAACCGCGCCAUCGACGUGAACGUCAGUAGUACCAAGGGAGCUGUUGGACAUUUGCUCGGUGGUGCUGGUGCAGUCGAGGCUUUGUUCACCGUCAUGGCUAUUCGUGAUGAUAUGAUGCCGCCUACAAUCAACUUGACCCGUCUGGCAGACGGCUUUGAUUGCAAUUAUGCACCGAAUGAAGCGCAGCCAAGGAAUAUCGAUAUUGCCUUGACCAACAGCUUUGGAUUUGGAGGGACGAAUAGUAGUCUUUGCUUUGCUAGAUUCAAGGACUGA